GAUAGUGCUACUUCAGUCGAUUACAAAGUUGGGUUGACGCAGUUCAUGUAGUUUGUUGUACAGAUGGGACGAAUCAUAUAUAUAAUAUUGGCUUUGGCGGUUUUUGCUUUGGUGCCAAGAUUUACGGAAUCUGCAAAAAUACUCGCAAUAUUUCCCUUUACGGGUCCUUCGCAGUAUAUAUGUGUGCAACUUUAUUUGAAGUCAUUGGCGGCACGCGGACAUGAAAUCACUUCGAUUUCGGCGUUUCCGCAAAAAACACCCUUAAAAAACUUUCGUGAUAUAACGUUGAAGGAUGAAUACAAAGAUCAUGAUGAAUUUAUUAUCACAGCGAUUGAAGCUUCGUCUGAAACUAAAUUAAGCCAAUUACGUAUGCUGUUCGAUUACGCAAUAAUGGGCUCAUUGCCAGUACUUAAGAACGAAGAAUUCCAACAAUUAUUGCGCUCUGAUGAACAUUUCGAUCUCAUUAUUAUCGAAGUGUUUUGCCAAGACUCACUUUACGCAUUGGGCGAACAUUUCAAGGCACCUAUGAUUGGUGUCUCCACAUUUGGCGCAGAUAUUGUGAUCGACCAAUUGGUGGAUAAUGUUUCGCCGUUAGCAUAUGUACCAGCGCCUAGCGGCGUAAAUAUGGAUCGUAUGAAUUUCUGGCAACGCUUAGAUAAUUUAUAUACUAACACCAUGGAGCUUCUGUAUUCACAUUUAGUUAUAAUACCGGAACAACAACGGCAGUAUGAAAAGUAUUUUCCCAAUGCGACACUGCGCUUAACAGAUGUACGUCGAGACUUUUCUCUUUUGCUGCUCAACCAACAUUACUCAUUCAGUUGGCCGCGUCCAUUGGUGCCGAAUGCAAUAGAGGUGGCUGGUAUGCAUAUUGAUCACAAACCGAAGAAACUACCAACGGAUAUGGAAACUUUUAUUAAUGCCUCGUCUAGAGGUACCAUUUACUUCUCGCUCGGUUCGAAUAUAAAGAGCGCUUUUUUGCCAAAACAAAAAUUGCAAGAGAUUAUGAACGCCUUUGCCUCAUUACCCGUGAACGUGUUGUGGAAAUUUGAGAAGACCGAUCUGGCGGGUAAACCGAAGAAUGUUUUCAUAAACAAAUGGUUUCCACAAUCGGACGUACUUGCCCAUCCUAAUGUAAAACUUUUCGUUACACAUGGUGGYAUGCACAGCCUGAUAGAAGCGGUACAUCAUGCUAAACCAGUUGUGGGCAUGCCAGUCUUUUACGAUCAAUAUUUAAAUGUUGAAAAGGCCGUACAUAAAGGUUUCGGUGUUGCAAUAAACUUCCGAAAUUUCACCAGCGCCGAACUGCGCGAUGCCAUCCUAGAGGUGUUGAACAAUCCCAAGUACACCGAAAGAGCGCAAGAGAUCUCUGCCAGCUUCCAUGAUCGACCUAUGAACCCGCUCGAUACAGCAAUCUAUUGGACUGAGUAUGUGCUGAGACACAAGGGUGCGCCACAAUUGCGUGUAGCUGCACGUCACUUGAAUUUCUUACAACGUCAUAGUGUGGAUACAAUGACUGUGUUGUUUGGUAUUCCAUUGUGCUGGCGGCAAUAUUUAGUAGCAACGAUAACGCGCAUAAGAAGCGAAAACGUGAUUAAUAAGUUGUUGAACAUAAUUAUUUAUAUACAUUUGUAUAUAGUAUGUUAAGUGCUGUUAUUUCAAAGGCUAUUUUUAGGAGGAA